UUGAGCGAAAGGACUGUCAAUAACCUUUGACAUGUGUCAUUGCUUACGUGUCAGCUUAUACCUUCAUUUUGUAAGCAUAAUUUCAAGUGAUUUUGUGAAAAAUUACAGUUAUCACAGUGCUUGCGCUAAACAAGAAGAUCUUUUAGCAGACAGGGGGUAGGCGUGUGCGGCAGAUCCAAUGGAGCUGCAGGCAUUGCUCGUGCUAUGUGGGGUGGGGGUAGCCGGUCUCGCCAUGCUACUCCUUAUGGGGCUGUUCUCAGCAUCAGGCACCAGCUAUGAAGAAGCAAUUGCCCAACAACGCCGGGCCACGACUGAACUUCUUGCUCUUGCUGAAAGCAAAAAUAAGCCUAAGAAGAAGGAGAAGAAGGCAAACAAAAAGUUAGCAAAGAAGGAGAAGAGCAAGGAGAGCAGCAUAGGAAUGACUGGCAGUGAGCAAGAAAGUGAGGCACCUGCUGAGAGUGGAGUAGAAGAUGAUUCUGUACCCGCUCCCAAGGGACAUGUAGAGUUCAGCUCAGCUGUUGUGGUUGAUGUGCCCAGGGACACAACACCUAAUGUCAAGAUCCGCAAACGCGGCAAGGAUCCUAAAGUAAAGCCGAUACUGGUAAACAAAGAGGAUCCGAGUUGCGUUAGCGAUCCGAGUGCGCUGCCAGACUCCACCGCCGUCACAGUCGCCAACCACUUUGAGGAAAUGCAUCCCAAAGAUGAGUUUGAAUUGAUGCAUUCGACACUCGUGGCGGAAAAAGUGCCAGAGAAAGUUGAAGAUGCUGUAGAGAAGAAGGAGACCAAAUCCGUAAAACCAGCGAAGGGCGCAAAGGCUGUGGCGAAGCCCCCGAUGCCUGUAGAAGUCGCUAAGGAAGAACCUGCUCGUGAGCGACACAACAGUGGCGAGGCGGCCAAGGAACAGCGCAAAGGUAAGAAGAAUGAGAAGAAGCCGGUGGAGGAGGUCGUAGAGAGUCCUCGCGAGGAGGUAGUGCCGCCGCUGAACGCUCCACAGCCGAGCGAGCUCACCACCGACAAGUUGCUGAAGCAGGCCCUGGCCAACGCGCCCGCCCCCGCUUCCUCCCCACCUGGCAAAAACAAGAAGAAGAAACCAGAACCCAAUGUCCUUUCACUCAUGGCGGGCGACAGUGGCGGAGUCAACGUAGGUGAGCUGGUUCGCGUAGUGCGUGAGGCGGCACUAUCCCGCACCGAGAUACAGAUCCUCACCGACGCUUUGCUCAACAAGCACCAUGACCCGCUGCCUGAGCACUCUGAGUGGACUGAGGGUCCAAAUGACCCCAUACAGAAGUUGAAGAAGCAGUUGGCUGACAAGGAGAAGGCUCUUGCUGACGAGAUCGAGGCCUCCCAGGCUCUGCAUGCCAAGCUUAAGGAGCUCAGGACGGCUCUGAACGCGGAGCGUACGCGCGCGGUGGCGACAUCCCGCGCGGCCGAGCAGGCUGCGGCCAACGCGCGCGCCGAGCUACACACGCUGCAGGCGCGGCUCCAGCGACUGCACGACGACAACCACCAGCUCGGACAGGAGAAACUCAUGCUGCAGUCUAAGUUGGCUGCGGAGGGAGAGGCGCAAGCCGCUCGGGUUCAAUUGGAACUUCAUAUUCAGAGACUCUCAGAGUCGGAGGCGGCGCUGGUGGCGCAGCUGACGGGGCUGCAGGGCGAGCUGAGCGCGCACGCGCUGGAGGCGGGGCAGCUGCGCAUGGAGCUGGCCGCCGCGCGCGACGCCGCCGCGCUCGCCCAGCAGCACGCCGCCGACCUCGCGCAGCAGCUGCAGGACGCCAACCGCGCCUGCGCAGACCUCGACGCCCAGCGACACGCCGCGCAGCGCGCCGAGCAGCGGGCGCACCAGGACCGCGCGCAAGCCGUGGCUGAGCUUCAAAACGAAGUACAGAAAUUGGCGAAUCGCGCUCAAAUCGCUGAGAACAACCUCGACUUGUUGAAGGAAGAGUCUGAGAAACAGAAACAACAAUUGACUUCGGAAAUCGCGUCGCUGCGUGAGCAGUUGGCUGCGCGUGAGACUGAAUUAGCUGAAAUUAAGCAACUGAAGGCUACACCUGCACAGAAUGGACUACCCGCAAAUGAUCAGAUUAAGGCUGCGGAGUUGGCGAAGGUGGAGAGUAUAGUGGAGUCGCUGCGGGACGAGUUGGCCGCGGCGCAGCGCAGCUCCCGCGACCAGCGCGACCAAGUCGCCAAGCUGCAGGAACAGCUGCGAACGUACCAGGACAAAAACAACGAGUUGCGAACUAAAAACUGGAAAGUAAUGGAGGCGUUACAAUCUGCCGAAAAGGCUCUACAGAUGAAAGCGGCAAGUGCGAUGCCGGCCCAAGACUCGCUGCGCGAGGCCAUAGCGAAAGCAGAAGAAGCGCAGUACAACGAAGUAGCAAGCGUAUUACGUGAGGCGUGCCCCAACGCGGCGCCGGGAGCCGGCGCGGGCCGCGAGUGGCUGCAGGGCUUCGCCCGCAACCUGCGCGCGCAGCUACAGCGCUCCGCUGACACCGCUGCGCAAGACCGCCUCAACGACCUCAUCCAACAGAAUGAACAGUCACAGAGCCUCGUCGAGAAAUACAAGAGGAUCAUCGACGACACUGAGGGAGUUCUGAGCCGCCUACAGCAGAAUGUAACGUUAGAGGAGCAGCGAUGGGCGCAGCAGUUGGCUGAGAAGCAACGUGAACUAGAUGAUCUCAGGCAGCGCACUGUCAUGCAGAUGCAAAACAAAAUUGAAUCAUUACAAGAGGAAUUGCAUCAGGCCAAAAAAUCAAACCACAACCACACAUUUGCUGAAGCGGAACGAACUGCCGAGGAAAGACUUAUGGCCGGUUUAUCUGACAAACACAGUGUAGAUGUUAGCAACGGACCAUUACAGUUGGGGCUCGAAGAAAAAUAACAAGAGGUACCCAGUUGCGACGUAGUAUCGAGGUGUCAUUCCUGUCCAAUGCGUGCGCUAGCGCACAGGUAACAUAGAUGCGCACACGCUGUCGUCGUGCUGUCACUCAGAUAUAUGUUACAAUAUAUCGAUAUAGUAAUUAAAUUUUUAAGGGACUCGCAAUCUUAUGUCCGGAAUAUAAAGUUACAGCAUUCAUGUAUACUCGACUACAUUCAGUCACAGUAUCGUCCAUACAAGUAAAAUGUAUAAUAGAAUGUUAGAAGUUUGUGUUAUGCUAUGUGGUUCACGCACUUCACACGUCUCGAAAAUGCAGUUGAAAGGUGUAAUUUUAUGUUUACUCUAUGACUUAGUAUUGUGAAGUCCAGGCAGCAGGUUUUUGGCAGCAAUUGAGAUACUAAAAAAGACAAAAUGAAUCAGAGAUUCAUUAAUAUAUUUUAAAGUUUAAAACUUAGCAUUCAGCACAUUAAUAAAAGUUAAAACAAGCUUUUUUUAUUAAAAAGCUCGUAUAACUGCCUGCCACUGACCUUAGGUAAAUAUUUUGCUAAUGUGGUGUAUUAUGUAACUGGCAAAUAAUUGACACGUACAAAUACAUUUUAACGCGUAAUUUAAACAAACAUAUUCCAUACUUUUACCUAAUUUUAUUGAUUUGCGAGACCUAGAACUAUUGUAAAUUGUAUUAGUGAGUUUUGGGACUAUAUUGGCAAUAUAUUAAUUUUUAUAGUGAGUGCUCUACUUUCAAAUUGUAUCGAAUUGAGGACAAAAUCAUGUAUUUAUCUGCCCAAUGAAAAGAUAUUAUCUUAAAUUUAUGUAUCAGUGAAUGUUUAGCUAAUGUGAAAUAAAAUCAAUUUGAUGUGGCGACUCAGCAAUAUUGAUAGCAAUGUUCUUGAAAAUUUUUAUAUUUUAUUUAUAACUUUAGUUAGCUUUAAAGUUAUUUAAAAUAAUACCAGUGUAGCAACAGACUAUUGACCAUUAUGAUGUGCGGUCGUGCGAUGGAAAUACUUUCUAUUUUCCGAUAUAUACCUAUCCUAUCCUAUUUUUAAUUUGCCGAAUUAACCAUUUUCUAUUCUUAAUAAUUUUAAGGAAUGUUAUUUACUCUUUAGAAUUAUAUUAUUAUUUAUAAAUAUUUUUUUAUCUAGCGCAUAAUCAUUUUUGUCAGUGCCUUAGGGUAAGAUUUGAAUUUAAAAUGCUGACUGUUUUAUUUCUAGUAAUAAAUAAAUCAAAUGCUUGUUAACGAUAAGAUCUAGUUUGAAGUUAUUUUUAUGUUAUUUUUAUCCUUUUCAGUAGUGUACGACGAGUGUAGUGAAUCACUGUGUCAAAUGUUCUGAAUAUACAGUAGAACGCCCGUAUCCAUGGUCGGUUGGGUUUUGCGAUUCUGAAUUGUUUCUUGUAAUAUUCGUUGUGAUGUUUAGUAUGUGAUCUUUAAAUUAUUCGAUAAAAUAAUAACCGUUAUCAUAAUGGUUAUUAAAUUUUAUUUAAGAAUGUUGUUGUGUGUGAUGGAAUAUUGAAAACGGUAUUUAUGUAAAGAAAUCGCGGUAACCUAAUCCAUGGAUACGGAGGGCCACUUUAUAUAAACGUAGUAAUAAUAUUAUGAAAUCUAAUUGUAUAAUACGUAAACCACUUUGUAUGAUAAUAGAAAGACAUCAAAUAAACUAUUUCCUAAUUUAUAUCUUGUUUUAUU